CUUCAUAAUGAAUUUUAUGAAAACUAUUAUUCGAUACAAUCCUGUAAGGGGUUCUAGUACCUAAAUAAUGCUCGAAAGGGUAUCCUUUUGAGCAUUGCUCACUCCACCCAAGAUAAAAUAGUACUAAAAAUAAUACACAUACUGUAUUGAAGCCCAUUUUAAAUCUUUUUACACACAGAAUCUAGUUUUUAGGUCAUUCUUAUAUAUACUGGGAUAAUGCGGUUACACAAUACUUAAUUUUUUUUUGUUGAAUGACUUCUUUAUAUUCUUAAUAACAAUUAUUAUUUAUUUGCGGUUAUUCACUGGAAACAUUAAUAAAUUAUACAUAAUUGCAAAUUUUGAGGGAAAAAUUUAAAAAUCAAAAUAAACAGGAAGGUGAUUAUCAUACAGCAGGUAAGUUAACUGUAAAACAUGUAGGCACGGUUGCCAAUGGUGGGAAAAUGAAAGGUCUGUUCAUAAAACCGUCCCAAAAGCGGUUUCGAAACUACUCUGUAUACGAUUUUACAUUUUGCGCAGAAUCCCGACAAUGAAAUAAAUGUUGGAGCAAAGCAAACAUCUAUGCAACAAAGUUUUGUUUAUUUUUCAAUUCUUUUGUGCAUUUUUGAGAUUUUCAAAUUCAAGAUGCCUGGUACGAUUUUAGAAAACCUCAGCGGUCGAAAAUUAAGCGUUCUAGUGACUGUUUUACUACUAAGCCAACUAGCGUGCUUUUUGGUGGGCUUAAUUUCGCCCUCUCCGGCUGGUAUUCAGACCAUUUUGGCCACCGUUUGUGUGGAUCCCGAACCGGAAGUUCGAGAUAAAUGGUUUUCUAGAAACUGCCCGAAGAAAGUAGAUUUGAGGUACGACAAUGCCUUGGAAGGAAUUUCACCCAACAAUUUGGUGUUUGUGGUCGAGAUGCCCAACUUUCAACAAGACUUUUCGCGCUGGCAACAAAAUUUGGCUGGCGUUUUACAAAUUGAACUCGUCUACAGGAGUGGACAAAAGUUGUUGAACCCCAUGAUAGAGUUGACUCUGGAUGCUCGUCUGGCUUACAGCAACAAGGUCAAGAAUGGAGGGAAAACUCCUUGGACUCAUUACACCAAUGCCAUAACAGAAAGAUACAUGGACUGCAUAUUCAAUGAUACAGCAAUUGAAAACAAAGAAGGCUACCCCUACGAUUGCUCCAUGGUUCCUCUAUUUGAACUAGGUUCCCUCUACCAUGAUUAUUACUUGUUAAAUCUCAGAUUGCCAUACGAUUCUCAAAAAGAGCUCAACACUCAUUUGCUCAAAGUGGAAGAAAUAUUUUUGCACAUGAUUCACAUGAACGGCGGUUUCACCAAAGUUUGGAUCAGUCUGAAAUCGAUUUUUUUCCCUAUAAUUGUUACAAUUAUGAUUUGGUUUUGGAAUAGGGUGCAUUUAUUGUCACGGACACCUGCUUUGUUAGAGUAUAUGUUGAUUGUGUUAGGUGGCACUUUAGCAUUUUUAGAUUUGCCAAUAGAAUAUUUAACUUUACAUUUUGACAUGCCUUACAUGCUUUUGCUUAGUGAUAUUAGGCAAGGAAUUUUCUAUGCCACGCUUUUAUCUUUUUGGCUAGUUUUUACUGGUGAACACAUGCUCAUUCAAGAAACCGGAGAAAGAAACAGUCUGAGAAAAUAUUGGAAACAUUUAAGUUCAAUUGCAGUUGGAUGUGUGUCUUUACUAAUUUUUGAUUUAUGCGAGCGUGGCAUGCACUUGGUCAAUCCGUUUUCGUCGAUUUGGGUAACACCUUUGGGCACCAAUUUGGCCCUUACUUUUGUAAUUUGUGCAGGACUAUGUGCUGGUAUUUACUUCCUUUUUCUUUGCUACAUGAUUUGGAGGGUAUUCAAAAAUAUUAGUAUUAAACGAUCGGUGCUUCCAAGCAUGACUCAGGCAAGACGUUUGCACUAUGAAGGCACCAUGUAUCGUUUCACUUUUCUUAUGGGAGCUACAGUAGUUUGUGCUGGGAUUACAAUUGUUUCAUUUAUUUUGAACCAAUAUACACAAGGAGAGCAUAAUUUGGAUGAUUCGAUGGAUAUUGAGUUGACAUCCAUUAUUCAUACAGGAGUUUAUGGAAUGUGGAACGUUUACAUUUGCGCUUUGCUGAUGCUUUACGCUCCUAGUCACAAACAAUGGCCUUCUGAGCCAACUUGUUCUGAGGGCGAGGAGGUGGAAUUCAGUAGAUUGUCUAGUGAACCCAGUACUACUCCCAAUGAAAUUUCUUCUUUGACUUCAUUUGUGGCUAAAGCCAAUAUUGAGUAAAGGAUUUUUCAUUUGGUAUAUGUACUUCUUGCCAUAUUUUUGUGAAUUUACAAUCCAUAAUAUCAGCCCUCUCUGUGUGAUAGUUUUAUUGGCCAAUGUUUUUACUUAAUUUUUUUAUACUUGAAUCUCUUUUAGUGAUCAAUAGGUACUUCCAGUAUUAUAUUUUUUAGCUUGCGUGAUUUUUUAUCUAACAUAUUUAUAUAGACUGUAGUUAUUUCAUAUUAAGCAAUAAUAGAUUUAGAAUUUAAUAAAAUAUCAAUUAUUAUUCUAUAUAUCGUUAUAUUUAUUUUGUAAACCUUUUAAAUGUAAUACAAUUAUAAUUAUAGAAAAAAACUAAACAUUUUAUAACGAAAACAUGGCAAAACUCUAAAGAAUAAUAAUUAAUUAUCUUAAAAAAAAGUUUUUAUACAAAAAUAAACAAAUCUAUAAUACAGGAUUUAAGUACAACAUGGAUUCGAAUUUAAUUUGGCACUUAAAUAAAUCUUAUUUACAAUAAAUUUUACACACAAACAAAGCACCAUCUCUGAAAACUAAUUUAAUAUCUAAAUCGUUGAUAUAAAAAAUCAAAUAUGGCCAACAAUAUACCUACUAAUUACCUAAAUAUUAGGUAAACAAUAUUUUUAUGUCCCAAGUGCAAUAAAGAAUCAAAAAUUAUGUCAGUCUUUAAACAUCUCAAAUUACUUUUUUUUUUUCAUAAAUAAUAUCUACAAACAGGACCAGGCUACUGGAUACAUAGACUAGUUGACUUAUGUGUCUAGUAGUAGGUUGGUCCAAUCUGUAUGUUGAAUUUUGAUGUUUGCACUUGAGCGCCUACAAAUACUUAAUUUUGAUCAAGAAAUACUUUGUAAAUUUCCUCAAAAAAACUUAAACGUAACUUUCGCUUUCUGCGUCUGUAACCAACAAUAGUCUGGCUGUUGCGUAUGUCGGCGGCGGAGGCGGCGGCGGUCUGUACACGGGCGGUAUGUGAACGGGCGGCAAAUGUCUCAAAGGCGGCGGCCGUCUGGGCGGGAUGGGCGGCGAACAC